UUACAAGAAGACGUUAUACUAUUCUACCAAUCCUGCCCCGCUCCCUCACAGUGGAUUCAAUUUGUCUUGAGGGAGGAAAAGGGUCUAGAGAUUCAGGACCUUUUUUCCCGCAUCAUGAAAAAGUUUUUCCGGUCCAUAAAAAAGAAGGCACAGUUGUCGUCUUGCCCUUCUCUAGACCCAAGUGAGAGCAGCAGCAGCAACAGCAAAGACAUCAGGGACACAGGGAGUAGCAGCUCCAUCCUGACUUCCUCAAAUGCCCCGGGGUAUCGCUUCUGGUUUAGGGACCUGGGCAAGCUUCACAAAGCUGCCUCUGUUGGGGACCUGGCGAAGGUGCAGCGGCACUUACUGUUCAAGAAACACGACCUGAACAAGCGAGAUAAGGAACACAGGACACCUUUGCACCUGGCUUGUGCUAAUGGAUAUCCAGAUGUUGUGUCCCUCUUGGUGGAGAGGAAAUGCAAAUUAAAUAUUCGUGAUAGUGAAAAUAGAUCUCCUUUGAUUAAGGCAGUACAAUCCCAACAUGAAGAAUGUGCAACUAUUCUUCUAGAAAAUAAAGCAGAACCCAAUCUUGUGGAUAUCAACAAAAAUACUGCACUUCACUAUGCUGUUUGUGGGCAUAAUGUAUCAUUAGUGAUUAAAUUGCUUGAACAUAAAGCCAACACUGAAGCACAAAAUAAGGAUGGGCACACACCACUUCUACUUGCUAUUACUGAAAAUAACCCAGAAAUGGUAUCCAUUCUCCUGAGGAAAGGGGCAGAUGUGAAUGCUGCAGAUAAGUUUCAGAGAACAGCCCUUAUGCUUGCUGUUGGUGGUGAACCCACUGGUAUAGUCAGUAUUCUUCUACAGUAUGAUGUAGACCUCUCUUGCCAAGAUAUUUAUGGGAUGCAGCUGAAGGAUAUGCUUCUUGUAGUGGUUAUUCUAUUCAUUAUGAACUAAUUUCUCAAUAUAAAAAUCAGAGGAACCGUAAGAAACUGAUUUUCCCUGAAAUUAGCUGCCCGGAGAGGAUUUCUGCUGUUCAGUUUUCUUAAGUGUGUCUACCACAAUUAAAGGAGGUUCAAGAAAACUAUCCUGAAGAUGGCAGAACUUUUGAAGAAUAAAAAAGACUUUUCUGUCAUA